AUGACCUCCUCUCAAGCACCUCGAGAGCGCAAUGGCUCAGAAACAACACCACUACUAUCUAGAUCAUCAACGGCUUACGACGGCGAGACGCAACUCGUCAAGCAAGAUGGCCGAAUUAAAGUUAGCAAGGCUCGUGGAAUAGCAAUCGCCUCGUCUAUGUUCGUUCUCAUCUUCAUUUUGACAUGCAGUGUCUCUUUGAUGACUACCAUUCAAUCACCCAUCGCCGAAGAGCUCAACGCGUCGAGUGAGGUUACGUGGUUCAACGCAGCAUAUCUAAUUGCUGUAACAAGCUUGACGCCAAUAUCCGGAAAACUCUGUCAGAUCUUCACGCCUCGGGUAUACCUGUUCGCUUCAAUUAUCGUACAAGCAGUUGGAUUGCUGAUUACUUCGGGAGCACAUAAUAUAGCUACUUUCCUCACGGGACGCGCGGUUUGUGGCAUUGGCAGUGCAGCUGUUACGCCAGUGUCGUUCAUUCUGGUCACUGCUCUAGUGCCGCCGCCACGGCGCGGUCUGUUCUUCGGCCUGAUCAAUACAGGAUACACAUCUGGACUGGCUUGUGGCGCGAUCAUUGCUGGCGCACUUGAGCCACGACUCGGAUGGAGAGCUAUCUUCUGGAUGCAGAUACCUUUCAGCGUUGCUGCGGUAAGCGUUGCGCUUGCCAUGAUCCCUAGGGGUGAGAAGACGGACACCACUGGAGAAGAAAGCAUAAGGACGAAGUUAGCACGCAUCGACUUCUUCGGAGUAUUGACCCUGGUCACCACUCUCAUCCUACUGCUUUAUACACUAUCUGCCACAAAGAUCGACCUCAGGGCGGUGUUCUUGUCUAUCGGAAUGCUCAUAUUAUUCAUCUUAGUCGAGUCAAGAUGGGCAGCUGAUCCUAUUGUUCCACCUUCAGUCAUGCGAUCUCGAGCCAAUGUAUUCUCGGGAAUAGCAACUGUAGGAGUCAUGACAGCUCGAUGGGGAGUUCUAUUUUACACACCUGUGUACGCCAUUGCAGUGCGAGGCUGGCUUCCCUCAGCUGCAGGUGCUCUUCUGGUUCCGACGAACGCUGGUUUUGCUCUAGGAGGCUUGAUAGUGGGUUGGCUGCAUAUCAGGAGGGCAGGGUCAUUUUACUUGCCUACCGUGGUCUCCUUCGUGCUGUUCGUGGUGGUUCACUUUGGGGUUUCCCAAUUGGUUACGACUGAAUCGCCUCUCUGGCUGUUCAUCAUAGCUUUGUUCCUCAAUGGCUUUGUGGUUGGUGCACUAUUGGUAUAUUCUUUGGCUCACCUAUUACAUCUUACAUUACCAUCUCAGCACGUUAUCGUCAUACCCUUCAACGCAACCUUUCGCAGCUUCUCUGGAUCAUUUGGUGCCGCUAUCACUGGAGGCUAUUUCCUACGCACGCUUUCCCGCAAUCUGCACAGCGGUUUCAAAGCAAUUGGUAUGCCACACAACGGGGAGCUCGUACGAAGACUGCUCGGAAGCCCUCAACUCGUGCAAAGGCUCAAUGGCGAUGAAAAGCAAGUUGCAAUCGAUGCAUAUACAGCGGCUCUCAAGGCUACCUUCCUGGGUGGCGUUGGUUUGGCUAUCGUUAUGACAGCAGUCCAGGCAGGUGUUGGCUGGGUUGCUCCUGAAGAGGACAGUCACAAACUCGGGCGCGACGACUCGGACGCUAUAACACAGGUACUGUCGCGGGAAGCUGCCACGGGGUAA